AUGCAAUCGGCGAAACAGAAACUCAGCGAUAUGGCUAGUACAGCCAAGGAGAGGAUGGUGGAAUGUGAAGCAAAAGCGGCUGAGAAGGCGGAGCAGGCGAUGGCACGUACAAAAGAGGAGAAAGAGAUAGCACACCAGCGUAGAAAGGCCAAGGAAGCAGAGGCUAAGAUGGACCUGCACAUAGCUAAAGCUGUUCAUGCCGAAGAGAAGCUUAUGGCUAAGCAAUCUCAUUAUCACGUUUCUCAUGGUCUUCAUAACGCGCCUGUGCCGGCUCCUGCGCCAGUCAUGGGACAUGGUUACCGACAUGAUCCUCCCGGGGUCACCUCUAUUCCUCCAGCGGCGUACCCUCCUCCUCCGACGGGGCCUCAUCAUCAUCCUUAUGGAAACGUUUAG